AAGUGAGGGACCCCGGGCUACAAUCAGGAGUUUCGACGUCUACGUGGAAGACAUUCUCACCCACAUCGACAUGGAACGGGCCAAGUUUCCCGGCAAACCCGUCUACCUAUUCGGACACUCCAUGGGCGGUCUGCUGGUCAUCCUGGUGGCUCAGCGGAGGCCUGGUGCUUUCGCGGGCAUGGUUUUGAUGUCACCCCUACUCGGCGUAAACAAGCCGUAUUACACGCGGUUCACGACGUACUUGGCUCGCUUGCUGGUCUGUGUCGUGCCUUGCCUCCCCACGGUCACGGCAAGCGCCGAGCUGUCCUGCAGAGACGCCACUGUCGUCAGCCGUAUGAACAACGACCCGUUGAACUACGUCGGAAGUGUCCGCCUCCGAUGGGUGGUCGCCAUGAUAGACGCGAUAGAGGCCGCCCAUGCUCACGUGAGUGCCGUGGAACUGCCGUUCCUUCUACAGUACGGAACAGGCGAUAAGGUAUGCGACCCUCAAGCCUCGGGAGACUUCUUCGAAAAGGCCCCGAGCCGGGACAAAAGCCAGAAAAUAUACGAGGACGCGUACCACACCCUCCUUGAGGAACCUGAUGGCGUCGCUCAGCAAGUCCUCAAAGACAUCAUCGACUGGCUGUGCGCCAGACUGCCUCCUCGAACGUCGACCUCGAGUCAGCCGGGCACGUCUGGCCAACAGGACAGCGCAAUGCAAGUGUCGAAGGCCGCCACGACGUCCAAUCCAUGAACGGUCGCGCUUUAUUUUAUUUUCAAUGGUUUCUUAAGCUUUCCUUGUGCGCUCACUCCUAAGAUUGUUGCGGACGAUAACAUGCGUAAUUCUGACUGUGUCGGAGUGUAUUAAUUGCAAAAUUUCUACGUAGACAAAGUGACUGCAUCUGUUUAUUGCUGCAUUCUGAAGAGCGCUUCUUCUUCUCUGGUGUCCUCUGACCACUGGCGAUGGGAAUAGCUGCACUCUUCCGGUCUGCUGUCGUUGCCCUUACGCUGGU